AUGAAAGCGUUAACGUGUGAGGAGCGGGAGAGCCGCCCGUUUCGUCGAGGAUUCGCCGCAGUGAGCGAUGUCUCCAGCCAGCCAAAGAUCGGAGAGCAACUUCACGGCUUCACUCUCAAGCGCGUCAAACAGGUCCCUGAGCUGGAGCUCACGGCUUUCCAGCUCCAGCACGACAAAACCGGUGCCGACUACCUCCACAUCGCCCGCGACGACUCCAACAAUGUCUUCUCCAUCGGCUUCAAAACCAAUCCACCAGAUGACACGGGGGUUCCGCACAUCUUGGAACAUACUACCCUCUGUGGAAGCGAGAAGUACCCCGUUCGCGAUCCCUUCUUCAAGAUGCUUCCUCGGUCACUAUCGAAUUUUAUGAACGCCUUUACUUCUGCCGAUCAUACUUCCUAUCCUUUCGCCACCACAAAUGCGCAAGAUUUUAGGAACCUGAUGUCGGUGUAUCUCGAUGCGACUCUUCACCCGUUGCUCAACUCGAACGACUUCACGCAGGAAGGGUGGCGAAUAGGCCCCGAGAACCCUUUGGCAGUCGCUUCAGGAGAAGGGGGAGAAGCGAAGAAACUCGUCUUCAAGGGCGUUGUCUACAAUGAAAUGAAGGGCCAAAUGUCGGAUGCUAGCUACCUGUUUUACGUCCGAUUCCAGGACCACCUCUUUCCCGAUAUCAACAAUUCGGGCGGGGACCCUCAAAAGAUUACCGAUCUCACAUGGGAGCAAUUGCGGAAGUUCCACGCCGACCACUACCAUCCGAGCAACGCAAAGGUUUUCACAUAUGGCGACCUCCCAUUAGCCGACCAUCUUAAAGAAAUCGAUGCUAGAUUGGGUCAAUUUAGCCAAAUUCAAGUGGAUAGCGACAUCAAAGCACCAAUAAGUCUAGAUGAUGGUCCGAAGUAUGUCACAGUCAAGGGGCCCACAGAUCUCCUCAUGCCGCCAGACAUGCAGUACAAGACGUCCACCACAUGGCUUAUGGGAGAUACUACCGAUGUUCUCGAAAACUUCUCUCUGGGUCUCUUGGGUAACCUUUUACUCGAUGGCUACGGAUCCCCAUUCUAUCGUAACCUCAUCGAAUCAGGACUUGGUGCAGAUUUUAGCCCAAACACUGGGUAUGAUAGUGCUGGAAAAGUUGGCGUGUUCUCUGUUGGAUUAAACGGAGUCAAGAUGGAAGAUGUUCCAAAAGUCAAAGAGGCUGUCGCCAAAACAUUUUUGGAAGCCAGGACAAACGGAUUUGACAAAAUCAAGGUUGACGGUAUCCUACAUCAGCUUGAGCUUUCUUUGAAGCACAAGACGGCGCACUUUGGUAUGGGUGUCAUGCAGAGACUACAGCCGGGCUGGUUCAAUGGUGUCGAUCCGAUGGAUGCCUUAGCUUGGCAAGAAACUGUCUCCGCCUUCCAAAAUAGAUAUGCCAAGGGAGGUUAUCUCGAGAGUCUACUCGAUAAAUAUCUACUAAACGACAAAACGCUCACCUUCACCAUGGAGCCAUCGGAAACAUACAGCGAAGAAUUAGUCGCUGAAGAGAGCCAAAGACUCGCGGACAAAAUCUCUGAGACCACCGAGAAAUUCUCGAGCAAAGAAGAGGCCGAACAAUACCUGGAAAAGCGCGAGCUCGAGCUUCUAGAGGUCCAGGAAAAUGCAAGAAAUGCAGAUCUUAGCUGCCUCCCAAGUGUACAUGUCAAAGACAUACCUCGUCAAAAAGAAAGGAAAGAAGUCCGACACAGCUCCCUGGGCGAUGUGAAGGUUCAAUGGCGGGAAGCUCAUACUAACGGACUGACCUAUUUCCGUGCUAUCCAGCAACUUGAGAAUCUCCCUGAUGAGUUACGAGAAAUGAUCCCUUUGUUUAGCAGCGCGAUUAUGCGACUUGGCACCGAAGACAAGACUAUGGAACAGCUCGAAGAGCUGAUCAAGCUCAAGACUGGCGGCAUAUCCGUUGGAUAUCAUUCCUCGCCUUCUCCGGAUUCUGUAGAGUCAUACCAGGAAGGGCUCUCUUUCACUGGCUAUGCGUUAGAUCGAAACGUGCCCGCAAUGUAUGACUUACUUCGGACAGUCAUCUUCGAGACAAAUUUCGACGGACCUGAGGCAGAAAAGCAAAUCCGGGAACUGCUCCAGAGUUCCUCAAGUGGCGCUGUCAAUUCCAUUGCAGAAACGGGUCAUUCUUUUGCUCGCACGUUUGCAGAGGCUGGAUUGACUCCAAUUGGACGCCUGAACGAACAGACUGGUGGUUUGUCACAGAUCAAACUUACCACUGGUCUGGCAUCGCGUCCUGUUUCCGAGUCUCUGGAUGACGUUAUCCAGAAGCUGAAGGCCAUACAGUCCAUCGCCAUCUCGAAUAGCACGACAUUUCGAGUGGCUCUCAACUGCGGUAACGAGAGCUCAUCGUCCAACCAAGAAGCCUUGCAGCGAUUUCUGACUGGGCUGCCAACCGAAUCUGCAAAUAUCACCUCGACUUCCGAACGACUACAGUACCCUCGAAACUCUAAAUCGUUCUUCCCCCUACCAUAUCAGGUCUACUAUGCUGGCCUCGCCAUUCCAACAGUUCCUUAUACCAAUGACGCCGGAGCUCCACUGGAAAUCCUAGCCCAGCUCCUGACUCACAAGCACCUACAUCACGAGAUUCGUGAGAAGGGCGGUGCAUACGGAGGCGGAGCUUACAGUCGGUCUCUCGGCGGCGUAUUCGGCUACUACAGCUAUCGUGAUCCGAACCCCCAAAACACCAUCAAGAUCAUGACCGAGGCCGGCGCCUGGGCCCGCGAUCGCAAUUGGACAGCCCAAGACCUGGAAGAGGCCAAGCUGAGCGUCUUCCAGGGUUAUGACGCGCCGCAGAGCGUCAGCCAGGAGGGCAUGCGACUCUUCCUCUCCGGAAUCGACGACGACAUGCUCCAACGGCGGAGAGAGCUUCUCCUCGACGUCACCGCCGAGCAAAUCAAAGCUGUAGCGGACAAGUACCUCGUACAAGGUGCUUCGCGCAGCAACCUCGCCAUCUUAGGUGAACGUAGAGACUGGGCCACCAAGGAAGCCGGGUGGGACAUCCGUGAUCUAGGAAUGGCCGACAAGAUCAAGGAGAUCACGAAACAAUCGCCAGAGCAGUAG